CACGUACGGGUGCUUACUAGGCACCUGCUUGUUGGAUCCAUCUCUCGUUGGACUCCCGUCCUCAGCGGAGAACUCUCCGCAGCGGAAUUCGAUCGCGGACGCUCCGCGGUCACCCUGAUCGCCGAUAACGUGCCAUUCCGGUCCUCCGGGCCCAUCAUGGCAUCCACGAACCUGAGCAUCCUGAGUGUGCAGACAGACUUGGAGGACUCCCAGGCUCCGAGCUGCCAACGUUUGGAGAUCCACAGCAGCUUCGAAGGAUCCCAGAAAGUGCGCCGAGAACGCUUUGUGGCUUAUCACAGGACAACUUCGCCCUCAGACGCUUCACUCGGUCCAGACGCGUCGAUCGAAGAGCUGCAAGGACGAGACACGUCAGAGCUGCAUGGUCUCCGCGUUCGAGACAUCCCUUGGCUGGAUGAGGAUGAGGACGAUGGGCCGCAUGAGGUGGCGGAUUUCUUGAAGGUGCAGAAGCUCCAAAGGCCUUUUGAUGCGCAGGGGUCGCGGGCGGCGGCCGAACGGCCGCCACAUCCCCCAGUGCCUCCGGUGCGGUUGGUGUCGGAGGACGUGAACUGCGCAAACGGCGCCUAUCCAAUGAGCGCGAGAGGGGCACCGCCCAAGCGAGUGUCGCCUAUUGCGCAGGUGGACCGCUCGGUGCAGUCCGCCCGACAAGACCGAACGGAGAUUGGUCGUCCGGUGACCUUCUACCUGGAAGGAAGGCCUGAGCAGUACUUCGGACGUGUACGUGGUGUGGAGAACGGUCGCUAUUCGGUGGACGUGGUGGGCGGUGGCCGAAAGGCGGGCCUGGACGCGGUGACCCCGUGCAGCGAAGAGGACCUGCAGAAGGCACAGCUGGCGAAGAGCAAGGCCUUUCAGAUGGCCAAGCUCAUCCCCCGACCUUCGCUGCCGCGCACCGUCUCGAAUCCUGAGCUGGAUCGCUGUCCAGAACUGGAGGUGGGAACCCCAGUGGCCUUCUUUGCGCAGAAUCGGACUCUCUACGGUCGGAUCCGCUCGAACGAGGGGGGUGUCUACUCGGUAGACCUGCCGGGCGGUGGCAUCAAGGUGGGGGUGAACUCAGCAGCACCCUGCUGCGAAGAGAAAUUGAACAAGGUGGUGAAGUCCAAGAAGCCUUUGCUCUAUCACGUGGAUGCAUGGUCUGGGUACAAGACACGCAAUGCGGUGCAGCCACCGUCUGAAGAUCAGAGGUGGCCCUUGGUUCGUCGCAAGUCGAGUACACCCAGAGCUACCUCCCAGGUUCGGCCGGUGCCCACCCUGCGCGGCGUGGCCAUCGCGAAGGUCUAAAACAAGCUGUUCGUGGAUGCACCGGGCCGGCGUGGUGCUUUGGAGCUCGAGAGCUUUGUGUUCCAGUGAACCAGGAUGGCCGGAAGAAUUCCAGUGA